AUGGUGAGGAAAGAGAGAUAUCAUAAGGCCAAAGUGGAUAAUAAUAAACCUAUACUGCAUUGUAGAUAUGGAAAGAAUAAACCAUGGGUGGAUAUUACACACACCAGAUUUGACGUAGAAAAACUCAAAUUUAUCGAUACAAAUGAUAAGGAACAUAAAUAUUCGAGUUGUAAAUCAGAACUAGUUGGUCUUAUUUUCAAAAUAUUCCUCAGUUUCCUUUGUAAACAAAUUCUGUAUGACAAUGUGGUUGUUUGGACUUUCAAAUACUAUUUUUGGUCAGGACAUCCAUUAAGACUUGAUUUAGACCUUGUAGAAAAUUUAUUUUACCUCAAUUUCCAUAAUAACCACAAGGUGCAGAUGUACUUUAUACCGAAACUAGAGUCACCAGUUAAUGGUGGUGAUGAAAAACCUAAUCUUCCCGAGAACUGGUGCAAUAAUCUAAAUAUCAAUGAAAAGAACCGUAAAAUACUGGUAGUGGUGUUCAACGAUAAGAAUGUAGACGAGAUAUUCUACGAUGUACACAAAGUUUGGGAUCGUCAGCCUGAGGAAAAUUACCCGUUAAAAUAUAUUUCAAAUGAGGAGACGAUGGAAUUUGUGGUAAUUUUCGAACACAAUUUCAUUGUAAAUAAAUUAUUCAACGGUAAAUUUAUUACCGAAUCACAAGAAAUUAACAAUGAACUCAGAAAUGUAAUUAAUUCACUAGAAAUCACCAAUACACUUGAAUAA